AUGCCUGCCCCCACACUCACUGUGAGUCCAUCAUACCGCGUCUUCCUACCUAGGGAAUCUGUGACCCUGACGUGCUCAGCUCCCAGCACUGACACCGUGACCCUGAUCCAGUUCUUCAGGGAUGGCCAGAAAAUCAACUCCAAUGUCAAAUCUCAUCAACUGUCGAGUGUGUCUGAGAGAGACGCUGGCGCGUACAGCUGUGAAUACUGGAAGAAAGAGUCUGAGCGAGAGAUCCCAUCGGAGAGGAGCCGACCCAUCUCCAUCACAGUGACCGCCCGGCCGUCUGUCCCUGACCUCACUGUGAGCCCACAAUACCACGUCUUCCUACGUGGGGAAUCUGUGACCCUGAAGUGCUCAGCUCCCAGCACUGACACUGUGUCUGGGAUUCGGUUCUUCAGGGAUCACCAGAGAAUCUACUAUGGAGAGCUCCAGCGGUAUCCGUACAAAGCCAGAUCUCUUCAGCUGUUGCGUGUGUCUCAGACAGACGCUGGCGCGUACAGCUGUGAAUCAUGGAAGAAAGAGUCUGAGCGAGAGAUCCCAUCAGAGAGGAGCCGACCCAUCUCCAUCACAGUGACCGCCUCUCUUCCAGUCCCCCAGAUCACUGUGUCCCAGUCACAGCCUGUCUAUAUCACGGGGGAAGAUGUGACCCUGACGUGCUCAGCUGCUGGGUCCCCCACCGUGUCUGGGAUCCGGUUCUACAGGGACAGUCGGGAAAUCCAGUCCAAGGAACUCCCCUCACCUCGCAACAGUCACACCGAGUCACUGCCGCUGUUGAGCGUGUCUGCAGGCAGUGCUGGGGAGUACAACUGUGAGUCCUGGAAGACAGUGUCUGGCCGAGAGAUCACAUCUGCGAGGAGCCAAUCUCGCUCCAUCAGGGUGACAGAUCCCCCUUCCCAGCCGAAGCUGAGUGUGGAUCCCCCGUCUGGAGUGGUGAGCGAAGGGUUUUCCCUGAACAUCACCUGCACGGCCCCCGGGGAUGCCCGCGAGCGGAGGUUUCACUUCUACAAGGACGGAGCCGAGCUCAUUCCCGGGGAUCUGGGGUCCAAGAUGAGCACCAUGGAGCCAAGCACCAGCUCUGUGAAGGGCUCAGUGCUCAGCAUCCCAUGGGCCGGUUCCAACAUCACCGGGGAAUUCGCCUGCGGGUACGAGGAGAACGUGGCUGGAAGAUGGAUCCCGUCCCUCAGGAGCUGGACGGUGAAUGUUACUGGAAACAUCACAGUGUCAGUCUCCGCAGCUCACGACUUCCGCUGGGUCCGGGAAGUGGCCGUGGGUGGCUCCUUCUUCCUCAUCAAUGGCCUCGUCCAUGUCUCCUAUCGCUGCUUCUAGAUCCAGGAACCUGGCUUGUCCCCUUGAGGGGCCCUUCUUUACGUGCCGUGGAUUCUCUCCACAAGUUGUCCUAUUUGCUGCAAUCACUCAGCUUGAAUUUCAACCUGGAGGGGGAAGUUCUGGUGGAAAAUCAAAGGGUGAAACCUUGGAAACACCCGCAGGGUCUGAAAGGGCUUUGGGCACCAUGAGCAUUUCAGCCACCAAUCGAACUACAGCUGUGUCCAUGGCGGGGCACGGCCACUUUUUAACAGCUGCAUUACAGAGAUUGCUUCUUUGGUGUGAACCCGGCUCCCCAGUAUUCACUUCCCACGUGUAUCUGUGCCAAUGUGGCUCUGUACUCUGCCUCAGGAGGAACAACCUCCCAAACUACAAUAGCACAGAGGAGUGUAUGUGAGAGCGACACAGGCGGAGAUACGGCUGUUCUCUGUGUGUCCCUGUGAAAUCCGUAUUUGAACACAGCGCAAUGGGAUUGCUUCUCCUAACACCAACCAGGAAAUGCAGAAUUGCCCAAU